AUGGCAGCACCGGGAUCAUUGCCUACACACGGGGGUCUUUUUGAUGGUGCUACGUUCUGGCUGGACAGAAGGAUCCCCCAGAGAACCAUGAUUAGGGAUAUGAUUACAAGCCAAGGUGGAAGCAUUGUCUUACAGGAGAAAGACGCUGAUGUUCGCGUGGUCGAUCACCUCAGACAUGAUCUUAAGGAAGUGACGGUGAAUACGGUUUCAUACAAAUACAUUGAGCGCUCUGUGCAAAACAAUAAAGUCGAAGACUUCAACAAGCACCGCGUGGGCUCAACCGGGCCUCGACCCAUGGGCGCAUCUCAUAUUGCACGAAAAGGCACUAGGAAAGAGUAUACUCGUGAAGACGAUCAGCUACUCUAUGACUGGUUGCAACCGUACGAACAGAUACAAGGUGCGCCGAUUAACGGUAACAAGAUUUACCAAGACAUUGCAAAUGAGUAUCCACACCACACGUGGCAAUCCUGGCGAACUCGAUAUUUGAGAACUGUCAGAGGCAAGCCACGUCCUGGCGGCCCCAAGCCAAGUAAUUCAGUUCCUUACAGGCAUCAAUUACAACUGGCACCCCCACCCCAAACAACAGCCUCAGCUCAAAGCCUGCCUCCAAAAAAAUCAUCUUCUCUCAAAACAGCUCGUCCUUCGGUCAAUCCUUCGGUUCCAGCUCCUCCAGUCCUAUCACCCUCGCGCGUGCCUGCUGCGGCCAGCCCAUCUCGAAGUUCGAAUCCGAACAAACGGAAACGCCCGUCAGUGCCUGACACCGACGAGCCAGCCAGCCCUGAUAUGGCACCAUCAAAGCAAGGGGAGUUACUCGGUACAAGCGACGCGAUUGAUUCCAUGGCCAAUUUUCUCAAAGGCUCCCAUCAUCGCCACCCCUGGCGCCCAUCAGGGGAGCCGAUCUCUUCAAGUACACCUAGCUCAGACACGCCGCCGGGCAAGUAUCGACACAGAAUGUCAAUUCCCGCGGAUUAUAAGAAGCGGAGCAAAAGUCACGCCGCUGGGCAAUUGGCUCCAAGGCCAGUGGCAGUAUCAGAGAGCGAGAACGAAAGCCAGGGCAAGAAGCAAUUGGCUUCAAAUCCAAGCCCCAACACGGAGAAUCAGAACCAAACUCAUCGAGUUGCACAGUCCGAACCAAUUACAAGGGUGGAGAAUAAGAACAGAGAAAGAACCAAGCAGCCAAUUUCAAAAUCAGCCUCGGGUCCAGAGAGCCCAGAAUUAGAGCACACUGCAGAAUCGCCCACCCUCUAUUUUCUCGACAUGCCACAUUGCUCAUCUGCCGCAGAAGAUGAUGAGGCAGACGACGAAGAGGAAGAGGACGGGUCAGAUGACGAAGAUGAAGAUGACGAGGAUCCCACCGAGAUUGAAGAUUGGGUUCACGCUCAAAUGGCUCGAUGGAACUUCGAUGAGCGGACUGUUAAGGAGAUCCUGAUCCGCACAAGUAAUAACCCGUACUAUGCCAAGCGUGCCUGCGUAGAUGGGUGCCUGGCGAAAGUGUCCCUGAAAUGCGCGGUGUAUGGACGACCGAAGAUGACCGAUGCUUGGAAGCCCCCGAUAGUCGACUCAUUGAGCGGGUCAUUCAAAAGCAUGGCAAAGACCUCAGUGAUGACAGACUGA